CCCCUGUUCGCCACUUUCGCUCCUCUCUUCGAGUUGCGGCCGCCAUAGCUUAACGUGAAAUAGUAGUUGCUGCGCCUUCCCCGCAUCAACGAAAAUGGUUAAGUUUUUGAAGCAGAACAAGGUGGUCGUUUUGUUGAAUGGGCGGUAUGCAGGGCACAAGGCUGUGAUCGUGAAAAACUUCGAUGAUGGCACGAGCGGGAGACCUUAUGGCCAUGCCCUGGUGGCGGGCAUAGCCAAGUAUCCUCGAAAGGUUACGAAGAAGUUCUCUCAGAAGAAGCUUGCCAAGAGGGUCAGGCUCAAGCCUUUCGUCAGGGUCAUCAACUACAACCAUAUCAUGCCGACGACGUACGCUCUCGAUGCGGAUCUGAAGACCACCGUUGUUCUAGAGAAGCUUGAAACACAGACGAAGAAGGUGGAGACCAGAAAGGACGUGAAGAAGAUCCUUGAGGAGAGGUUCAAGACAGGAAAUAACAGGUGGUUUUUCUCAAAACUGAGAUUCUAAUCCGCGGAAGUGCGUACGGGUAUGUUGGAGAAGUGUUAAAGAAAGAC